AAUCAGCGUGGGACACCUGAGCCUGCUAUGCCAACCGAACUCUCCCACAUGGGGAGAAUGCAUGCCAUCUCUGAUUUCCCCUCCUCGCUGACAGCACGGCUUCUCCACAAGGGUCCAGAACACCUUCGCAAGCAGAUGGAGGCAGCCAACCCUAGCAGGAAGAGCGCCGUGGAAAGGUUGGCAGCAGAUAAGGCCAAGUACGUGAAAAGCCAGCAAGUCAUCAGCAGGAAGCAGGUGCCGGCCAUCACCCUCAGCUCAACUUCGGAGAGCAGCAGUGAGACUUGCUCAGUGGAAAGCAAGAAGAUUGAACUCUCAAGAGAGGAGAAGGACACGGCAGCCCAAGUUCCCAGGACCACAGAACUCAGCCCGGCAACCCGGCAGAGCGGUCCGCCCAUUGUGAGGCGCAACAGUGGUAAAAGGCAGAUCCGGCCAGAUUCCUUGGUGAUCUAUCGUCAGAAAUGUGAAUUCGUCAGAGGUCAAAGCCAGGAGAAUACUCGUGGGAAUUUGUUCCAGGGUUCCUUCAGGAGAUUGUUCCAGGGUUCCUUCAAGGAAAAGCAGCUGCUUUCUGAGGUGUCCAAAGCAGUUCUCAAGGAAGAAACCAUUCCUGAAGUGGAAGGGACUAUCUUGGACAAAGACACAAGUCAUAGUUAUGAUCUAGAAGGACAGAAUUCAUCCACAAAGGCAAACCCAAUGCCCUUUCUGGUCAGCAGAUGCAAAACUGCCCUAAAUGUGACUUCAUCACCUUAUGACCUAAAGGAGAUGAGAUCGAAAGGUCUUCAAAGAUCUCAGUCAGAUAUCAGUUCACGAUAUUCAAAAUCCUUCUCUGAAUUUGACACUUUUUUUAAGAGCUGUGGCCUUGCACCUGAGGUAAUAAAAGAUUUAGGCCAAGAGAAUAUUUCGGCAGCUUCAGACAAUUUCUCAUUCCAUCUGCACAGCAUCAGCGGGACAGCUUCUGAAAGUGACUUCACAAGACACAGCGAUGAGGAUGGACUCCUGGAGGAAGAGCUCACAGAACAGGGGCCUAGUGGCACCUCUGUGGUUGAACGCAAUGCUCGGAUAAUCAAGUGGCUGUACAUGUGCAAGAAAGCCAAAGAGGCUAAUGUGAUGAUGCAGGACUUUGCAUCAGGACUGCUUCCUUCAUAGAGACACCCAGAGUAGAUGCAUUCAGUGAAGACUGAACACAACAGAGAGCGGAUUUACAGCAACCAUUUCUCCCUUACUUCUUCACAGAGGAGCAGGAGCAUCUUUAUUGCUUCUUAAAGGAUGAAUUGAAACCUGAAGCUCAGACUCAAGAAAUGGAAGCCGAUGCUCCUUAUUGUGGUUAUGAAUAGAAAGCAAGAGUGAUCUUAAUUCACGCAUGGACCUCUUUUGGUGUACAUUUUAAUAACACAGCAGAAACCUAAAGUUAAUUGUCUCUGAGAGAUAAUUUCAUUGUUUCCAACAAUGAAAAGCAUAAUUUCUAUGUAAGAAAUCUUUGUGUGU